AUGAGUAGAUAUUCUGCCAAAAUCGACCAAUUCCUGGAGAAUUUGCUUGAGGCGCGUCUGGAGCAGGCCAACCUGCUGAAGAAGGUUGUCGAUGCCAUCAAGAACCUGGUUCAGGACUGCAACUUCGACUGCAAUGACUCCGGCAUUGCCCUCCAGGCCAUGGACAACUCGCACGUUGCCCUGGUGUCGAUGAUGCUCAAGUCCGAGAGCUUCUCGCCCUUCCGCUGCGACAGGAACAUUGCCCUCGGCAUCAACCUGACCUCCCUCACCAAGGUCCUCCGCUGCGCACAGAACGAGGAUAUCCUCACUCUCAAGGCCGAGGACGCCCCCGAUGUCGUCAACUUCACCUUCGAGAGCGCUCAGAGCGACAGGAUCAGCGAGUACGACAUCAAGCUCAUGGACAUUGACCAGGAGCACCUGGGUAUUCCUGAGACGGAUUACGCUGCCACCAUCUCCAUGCCGUCCACCGAGUUCCAGAGGAUCACCAGGGACCUGAUGGCCCUUUCCGAGUCCGUGGCCAUUGAGUGCACCAAGGAGGGUGUCAAGUUUUCGUGCCAGGGCGACAUUGGCUCCGGCUCUGUUACCCUGCGUCAGCACACUGACGUCGAGAAGGAGGAGAACAACGUGGAGAUCGAUCUGUCGGAGCCCGUGUCCCUCACCUUCUCCCUCAAGUACCUGUCCAACUUCACCGCCGCUACUGGCUUGUCGUCCAAGGUUAAGCUUUGCCUGUCGAAUGAGGUCCCGCUGCUGGUCGAGUACUCGCUCUCGAACAACAGUUACCUGAGAUUCUACCUCGCGCCCAAGAUCGGCGACGAGGAGUAA